AUGAACCGUUCUCAGAAUCGUAACUUAGUUAUUCUUGUGAGAGUAACAGCUCUUAGCCUCGUCACAGUGUUCAGUGACACAGGUGACGUGUUGACGGGGAUCUGUGCUGAGCCUUGUGACGGUAACUUGGAGUGUCCUGAUGGCUCUGACGAGACUAAAGAACUCUGCAGCAGCAAACCUUGCAGUGAAGGCCAGACGGGAGGUGGCAUAGAUUUGGGAGAUUUACUGGGGGAUGCCAAGUCUUCCGUCACCGGCAAGUUCCGCUGUGCUUACGGGGGAUGUAUCUCACACAACUUCCUCUGUAAUGGCCACAGAGAUUGCUGGGAUCAAUCAGAUGAAACACCUGAUCAGUGCUUAUCUAAAAAAUGUAAUAGACGUGAUUUUCGAUGUGAUUACGGAGCGUGCAUCAAGAAGCUGUGGUCGUGCAAUGGAUAUCCCAACUGUCUUGAUGGUUCUGACGAGACGGCCAAAGCGUGCAAGGCUACAACUUGCAGCUCUAAUAAAUUUCGGUGCAAAUACGGGGCGUGUAUAGAUAUGAUAAAGAAAUGUGAUGGAAUCGUCCAUUGCAUGGAUUCUUCAGACGAAUCGAAAGAGUUAUGCGGUGCUCAGCACACUGCCGUGACGACACCUGGGCCAGUCAUACUCACCCCAGUUCCUGUUACAAGUAAACCUGAAGUCCCACCAACCCCAAGACCACCAACCCCAAGACCACCAACCCCAAGCCCACCAACCCCAACGCCUUCUACAGGGAAACCCAUAAUAGAGGGAUGCGAGGCUAACAAAAUGUGCUCCUGUCCGCCGCCUAAUGAACACUUCUGCGUCGCAUGUGGCAGCAGCCCAGACGUUUGUGCUGGGAUAGUUAACGAGGUGGUGUGUAGCGUAGACCAAGUAGACAGCUCCGACACUGAAAUAACCAUUGAUGUUCUGUCUUGUGGAGUCCAGCCUAUUGUGAAUAUCGCUGGUAUUGUUCGAAGUCCUGGAGCGCCGAUGUGUGGCUCUGACAGAGGAGUCCCUGUGCUGAGUGUGGUCCUUGCUGACUGUUGGGGAACUACACACCUUGCUGAGUGUAGACCUGAUGGGUUGUGGUACCCUUAUGGUAAUUUCCGAAAUGACACUCUCCCUUCAAAGUUAUUAUGCCAGUCUAACUACAUUAACUCUCAUGUGUGUGGUCGGAGACCAAGGUAUCCGAUAGAGAGAGCUCCCCGAGCGCCUGAACCACAGUGGCCCUGGCUGGUGGGAAUCUUCAAUCUGCAGAAAUUCGUCUGCACUGGUACCAUCAUUUCUCCCUAUUACCUCCUCACAGCUGCUCACUGUCUCACUACAACACAGGAGACAACACAUGCAAUAGAUGUACGUAACUUGAGAGUACAACAUCCCUUUACAAAUGGAUCAAUUUUAAAAGAUUAUGUAACAAAAGUCCACUUGUACCCUGGCUAUAUAGCCGGCAACCGACCUUCCCACGACGUUGCGCUCAUCAGGGUGGAGACGGAGAUUAUAUAUUCUCGCAGAGUGUAUCCUGCCUGUGUCCUCACUGGGAGCUUUCCUCAGUACAAGGACGCUGCUACUUUUCUACACACAUCAGAGAACUACAAGUGGAUUCUGAUUAUCCAGCAGCGCGACACUAGGUGUCGUCCCACACCACACAGAGAGUGUGGCAAGACUCUCAAAAUUGACGACGACCAGUUCUGUGGCAUUAGCCAAAAUUCCAAUCAGUUCCUUAAAGAGGGGUCCUCGGGAGGACCUUACCUGGUGAAUUUUGGGAAUGACGUGGAGGAGAAGUGGAUGAUAGCUGGCAUUGUCUCCUCGUCAUACUCAGAGGCGUCGUGUCCUGCCAGCUUCACGAUCUUCAAUCAUAUUAUAGAUUUCUGGAACUGGAUAUCCACUUGUGUAAACGAUGGAAUAUGUUUAUAAGGACAAAAUCACUGGUGAUAACGGCUUGGGAUCCCAUCUGUUCGUAAGAUCAAAAUCACUGGUGACCACGGCUGGAGAUCCCGCCUGUUCGUAAGAUCAAAAUCACUGGUGACCACAGCUGGAGAUCCCGCCUGUUCGUAAGACCAAAAUCACUGGUGACCACGGCUGGAGAUCCCGCCUGUUCGUAAGAUCAAAAUCACUGGUGACCACAGCUGGAGAUCCCGCCUGUUCGUAAGACCAAAAUCACUGGUGACCACAGCUGGAGAUCCCGCCUGUUCGUAAGACCAAAAUCACUGGUGACCACAGCUGAAGAUCCCGCCUGUUCGUAAGACCAAAAUCACUGGUGACCACAGCUGGAGAUCCCACCUGUUCGUAAGAUCAAAAUCACUGGUGACCACAGCUGAAGAUCCCGCCUGUUCGUAAGACCAAAAUCACUGGUGACCACAGCUGGAGAUCCCGCCUGUUCGUAAGACCAAAAUCACUGGUGACCACAGCUGAAGAUCCCGCCUGUUCGUAAGACCAAAAUCACUGGUGACCACGGCUGGAGAUCCCGCCUGUUCGUAAGACCAAAAUCACUGGUGACCACAGCUGAAGAUCCCGCCUGUUCGUAAGACCAAAACCACUGGUGACCACGGCUGGAGAUCCCGCCUGUUCGUAAGACCAAAAUCACUGGUGACCACGGCAGGAGAUCCAGCCUGUUCGUAAGACCAAAAUCACUGGUGACCACGGCUGGAGAUCCCGUCUGUUCCUUAAUACCAAAAUCACUGGUGAGAACGGCUGGAGAUCCCGCCUGUUCGUAAGACCAAAAUCACUGGUGAGAACGGCUGGAGAUCCCGCCUGUUCGUAAGACCAAAAUCACUGGUGACCACGGCUGGAGAUCCCGCCUGUUCGUAAGACCAAAAUCACUGGUGACCACGGCUGGAGAUCCCGUCUGUUCCUUAAUACCAAAAUCACUGGUGAGAACGGCUGGAGAUCCCGCCUGUUCGUAAGACCAAAAUCACUGGUGACCACGGCUGGAGAUCCCGCCUGUUCGUAAGACCAAAAUCACUGGUGACCACGGCUGGAGAUCCCGUCUGUUCCUUAAUAACAAAAUCACUGGUGAGAACGGCUGGAGAUCCCGCCUGUUCGUAAGACCAAAAUCACUGGUGAGAACGGCUGGAGAUCCCGCCUGUUCGUAAGACCAAAAUCACUGGUGACUACGGCUGGAGAUCAAGUCUGUUCGUAAGACCAAAAUCACUGGUGACCACGGCUGGAGAUCCCCUCUGUUCGUAAGACCAAAAUCACUGGUGACCACGGCUGGAGAUCCCCUCUGUUCGUAAGACCAAAAUCACUGGUGACCACGGCUGGAGAUCCCGCCUGUUCGUAAGACCAAAAUCACUGGUGACCACGGCUGGAGAUCCCGCCUGUUCGUAAGACCAAAAUCACUGGUGACCACGGCUGGAGAUCCCGCCUGUUCAUAAGACCAAAAUCACUGGUGACCACGGCUGGAGAUCCCGCCUGUUUGUAA